UGUCAGAAGCAAAAAACAGCAUGUACUGGAACUAAAUAACAUGUUAAAGCCAAGUUGCCUGACGUGGUACGGGAAACUUAUUUAAAUUUAUUCAACCUUUUGAAUGUCCGCCAUUUGUUAAGAAAAAAAUAGAUUUUUAAUAUUUGGCAACAUACAUCUCCAUUUCCUCUCGGUUAGUUAACAAGGGUACUCUUCACGAGUAAGAAACAAAGGUUGUCAAGAUUCCUUACAAAUAUUGCUAAAGUUGGUUGUUUCGUAGCAAGUAUAUAAUGGGAAUGUAGCGCAACCGGAGAGCGAAACAUACGCUUUGUGGUAAUAAUUCACAUAGAGGCUAUUUAUUGUUGAGUAGUUGGUUGGCUGGUCGGUUGGUUUGAGUCAAUGGCCAUUUCUUUCUUUCUCGUUUCUUGCGUGCAUGCACAAUACAUCGACGUUUUAAGACGCCGAGACAAGGAACCAGCAAAUCUAAUUUAAAGAUGAUUUUUUGCUUCUUUUUUAACAUUCUUUCUUUUGUUUUCACUCUGGUUUUUAUCACUCAUCCCGAGGGAAAAUGAAAAUGCAACAGCGUUAGUGAAUAGUGAAUAUAAAGACGUUGCCGAAUGAGAACGCCUUGCUAUCAUAUCUAACUAAGCAGACAAAAACGUAGAACAGAAUCACACUUGACGUCGUUCGGCGAAGAUAACAAACAAUACAUAUCGGUCAAUAUUUUGUUUGCUUUGUGUUCUAUUUUUAUUAUGUUCUGCCACUUCUAAUAUAAGUAUGGUGGCAGGUUGCAUAAAAUAUAAAAGUAUACCUCAUGAUAUGUAAAUCUCUUACAGAAAGUGAUUAAAAAGUGAUAAAAAAACAAUUUUUGUUUUUUUUUUUUUGCUAACGACAAACCGAUAAUUAAAAACUGCAUUUUUCUGAUGUGACUCUUCAGAACUGCUUUAAAAUCAAAAUAAAGAAAACUGCGCGAAAAAAGAUAUUCAAGCGUCACACAAUCAUUGUCAUCAUAAGAACAUGGCUUCAUUGCAGCAAAAACGGCCUUCCAUAUCGAACUGGUUUUCGUCGCUGCGCCGUCAGCCUAAAAAUAAAAGAACUUCCAAUUCAGUGGUAUAUGGCACCGAGAAACCAUAUCAACGAAGUUGUAUAGAUCUCAGUGCGAGUACGUUUUACAUACCGCAAAGUACAACAACCACAGGGAACGGAACCGGCCAUUUGUCAAAAAGUAGUCUUGUUGAUGGAGAAUGUAAAGCUAAGGCAAAGUUAUGUAUACGCUGCUGCUCCACCAUUUUGCCUACAAAAGCGGAAUCUCAAAUAUCGCCAUCAACGCCAACUGUAAAUGAUCUCAGCACUUCCAAUACCAAUGGCAAAUCAUCAGCUAAGCCUCCUUUGCCGAAAAGUCUCUCAAGUCCUCGACAAGAAACUAAUUUUACUUCAACUGGUACUACCGCUACUAUCACGUCUUCUAUAACCUUUGAAACUGAACAGCGCAAGAAUAUGGAAACUGUACGAUUGGCUUCAGUUGAUUCAAGCAGUCUUCCCAGUUCGCCCUCAACACCGACCACACCUAUACAUAUCAUUAAUAAAACUACCGAAUUUAAACGUGUGUCAACUACUAAAACAACGAAAACUAUCGUUACCUCCCGCCCUGUAGAAUUAUUACUUAAUGAAAAAGGUGAAAUCAUUCUCAAGCGACCAAAAUCUCUAGAAAAAUCGACGCGUUCCAGCAGCUUAGGCUGCGUUUUAGACGAUGAACAGAACGAUCAGUUCGAUGAAAGUCCUUCCAUCUGUGAUAGUCCCCGUACGUUGGCUUUAAACGGUAUCGAUACUGACUUGAAAUUUAUCGAUGAUAGUUCAACAUCACAAAGUGAAAAUGAACGCAACUCCCAGCAAAGUUGUCUUGGAAUAGCAGAUAAAGAGAACUUCCUCUCAAAAUCUUACGCGAACCCAGAUUCUAUCAAAUUUUGCACUACUCCACGUUCCAUGAGUUUGUCAACCCCUAACAACGAUAGCAAUCGUGGUUCUCGAAAACAGCGUUUUAAGGCUGGCCUUAAAUAUAAUGAUAAUUACAACAAUAACAACAAUAAUAAUAAUAAUGUCGAUGAUUUGUGCGAUGACUGUCGCAACGUUAUUGAAAGAAAUUUGAAUAAUCGCUUAAAACAACAACAAUUAAAACAACAAAAAUACGCAAAUGCUGUGAUAUAUCCGGAUAUUAAGCAAAUCAAAGAUGAGCUUUGUGAAGUGGUUUCUGAGAUGGAGGCGCUCGACGUGCCUGAAGACUGCAAACAUUCCAAUAAGGACAAACAGAUGUCCAUAGGACGGAAAAAGUUCAAUAUGGAUCCGAAAAAAGGCAUCGAAUAUUUAGUCGAAAAUCGUUUACUACGGCAUGAUCCACAGGAUGUUGCACAUUUUCUUUACAAAGGUGAAGGCCUCAAUAAAACUGCAAUAGGUGAUUACUUGGGAGAGAACAAUGACUUCAAUAAAGACGUUUUGAAAGCAUUUGUCGCUUUACACGAUUUCACAAACUUAAUACUAGUUCAAGCUUUACGACAAUUUUUAUGGUCGUUUCGCUUGCCUGGUGAGGCUCAGAAAAUCGAUCGUAUGAUGGAGUGUUUCGCUCAACGCUAUUGCCAACUUAACCCAGAUAUAUUCACCAACACGGAUACCUGCUAUGUUUUAAGUUUCGCCAUCAUUAUGUUAAACACUUCGCUACAUAAUCCAUCGGUUAAAGACAAACCAACAGUCGAGCAAUUCAUAUCGAUGAACCGGGGCAUCAAUAACGGUGGAGAUUUGCCGAGAACUCUAUUAGAAUCUCUCUAUGAAUCGAUACGAACAGAACCGUUUAAAAUACCGCAGGAUGAUGGAAAUGAUCUAAUGCAUACAUUCUUUAAUCCAGAUAAAGAAGGAUGGCUUUGGAAGCAAGGGGGAAGAUACAAAUCGUGGAAACGACGCUGGUUUAUAUUAAAUGAUAAUUGCUUGUAUUAUUUUGAAUAUACAACAGAUAAAGAGCCACGCGGAAUUAUACCCUUAGAAAAUAUAUCGGUGCGGGAAAUUCACGAUCGUAGUAAGCCAAAUUGUUUUGAACUGUUUGCUACGGGUGGGGCGGAUAUCAUUAAAGCUUGCAAGACUGAUUCUGAAGGAAAGGUUGUAGAAGGCAAACACACUGUUUACCGUAUGUCAGCCGCUACUGAGGAGGAACAACAAGAAUGGAUUAAACGCCUAACGCAGUCCAUUAGUCAUAAUCCCUUCUAUGAUAUAUUAGUACAAAGAAAAAAAAAGGCUCUAAGUAAAAGUUAGUAUUAGUUGUAUGCGACAACUAUUACCUCAGCUCACUCCCAUCUAUAACUUAUAAAUAGCAACAGCAACAGCAACAAAUGCAAUGCGUUUUGUAAAUAUCUCAUUACCAGAAAUAUCUGACUUGAUUUUGUCAUGGAAAGUCUUUCAAAUGAGUGUUCAAAUUAGUUUAUAUUUAAUGUGUUUGUAUGUAUUUUGUGUAAAUGUAUUUGUGUGUAUGAAAAUUGGCAUCAAUAGCAAAUUUCUAGGAGAUAUUUUCCUGAUUCCGUUUCUAAUAUUUUAGAUGAUUUCUUUGUUUAUCUACCAUAUUGUCUUAGAUUAAUUUAUUAAUUAAACUGCUAUCAUAUUUAUUUAUUGCAUUUAAAAACAAUUCAAGAAUUAUAUCUGCUUAAUAAUGUUGUGAUGUUCAUUAUAUUUUUAAAUUAACCUAAGAAAUUGUUUUUUUUUUUUUUUGAUCAAAGAUCAGCCAUUUGUUAAAUUAAAAUAAUCACAGUAUCCUUUAAUCAUCAUACUUAAAUGCUAUUCUAAGUCCAUCAUUCCGUUUAUGCCAAACAUAGAAGUGUCUAUCGCAACUGCCAAAAGAAUAAUUAAUGGGUCGAAUUCGCUUCUAAGUUUCCAAAAGCAGUUUAGAAGACGACUGUAGCAGUAGGAAACUAUUAAUUAUGACUAAAGUUUUUUUUUUAUUAAAAACUUGCAUAUAGAAACACAAUUAUUGACUUGGGUAAGCGAGCCCCUAUGACGUACGUGUUAACGCAUUAAGGAACAAUUGUCGUCAGCGCUUCACUUCAAAUGCAUGCAUGUCUUGAAAUGGGUUCUGUCCACAUACAGCCGAAAUUCUUAACUUCUUUGGGAAAUAUAAAUAAUUGGAGAAAUUUCCGCGCAUUUCUAGUUUCUCUUAGCUCUAUUCAAUACUCUAUUCAUAACUCUAUUCAAACUUAAUUUUUUAAUUUUCAAAUCAUUUAUUAUGAAACUUUUAAUGGCACUAUUUUGGAAUAAGACCCCAAAGUGCAUUUUUCUAUAUUAAUCUUUUUUACGGAACUGUUAUCUUCUUGGCAAAAAACCAUAAGCUAAAUUUGCUUGGAACGCAUUAGUUGGCCGAAAAUAUACCUAAAUGAAUCGCCGGAAAACCGGAGAACAGCAACAUGCUGAAGUUAAAGUACAUUAUAUAUAGUAUGAAAAUGCUUAACAGAGCAUGCGGUUGCGUUCGUACAAGGUUCUCAUUGCGUUCUGAGAAAGAAAAUUCGCUAAAUCCUUUUUAUAUGCAACUUUCACAAUCGUUACCUUUAAUUGGUAAAGAAAGUCUGUCAACGAGACGUUGAGAGAAAGCUGCAAAUGUUAGGCAGGAUUCUCGGCACUGUUGCUUACGUUGGUGAUUAUAUACAAACAAAUCAUUUUAAAUAUCACAACUUAUUGAAUUAAAUUCUAGGGUAUUAUUGUAGAAAAAGUUCUCCCAUGCAAAUGAAAAUACUUUAAAUUUUAGAUAGGAAAAAAGAAUCAAAAUUUCUAAAAUGCAAGCAUUAAUAAUAUAUA